UACCAUUCUUCCCAGAAGUGGAGUCACAUUUCGAGGAAUAUAUUUGUCUUUCUCAUUGUCAUCUUUCACAUACGCAUAAAAUUGUAUAUAAAUAACACCAGUUCACCAGCAAUUUCCCCAUAGUUUCUUCUAACUUGACCAGGUGAAGUUGUUUUAAGUCUCUCUCUCUACUCUUCCUUGUUCAGAAUAUGAGUGACAUGGAACACUCUUCUUCUGAUGAUGCUUCUGUGGACUCUAGUACAGACAACAACAGUCAAGAAUCUGAGCUUCAGUUCUCAGAUGAUGAAGAAACACUAAUUAUAAGGAUGUUCAAUUUAGUAGGAGAAAGAUGGUCUCUAAUUGCUGGAAGAAUCCCUGGAAGAACGGCUGAGGAGAUUGAGAAGUAUUGGAACACAAGAUACUCGACAAGCGAAUGAAUGAAGGAAUCAAUAAAUCAUAGGCUAACAAGCAAAAUGGAAAA